UCUCUUACGCUUGUGUGCGUUUGUUAUCCACAAAAGUUUCAUGUUUUGUGCUUUUCUUUGUUUACGUUACUCAAAAGUACAUUUCCAACCGUAGACGGUGAGCAAUCGCUUUUUCACAUUCCUCCAUCUGAUCUCUGAAAAAUCGAACUUGAAAAGGUCAAAAGUUGACCGAGACUUGGAGCAGAGAGACCGGGAGACGUGGCGAUUGUUACACGUGGAGAAAAUCGCAGCCAGACAGUCAGGUGUACGACUGUAUGUGUGAAUUUGACGUGAAUAGAGCUUCCGUCCACAAAACAACUCUCUGGAGUUCCCGAUGUGGCUCUGGGAGUAUAUUAUGUUAAUCAGACAACGGCAAGCCGCGCGGCGCAACGUCAGGGUUCCCUUGGUUUACCUGGGCAUAGGUGCUGGUGGUUUCUGCGCCCUGUAUCUGGUCUUUGGCUAUGGAGCACAGUUGCUGUGCAACAUUAUCGGAGUGCUCUAUCCAGCCUACAUUUCAAUCCAUGCAAUUGAGUCCAGCACAAAGCAGGAUGACACAAAAUGGCUGAUCUACUGGGUCACCUUUGGCAUCUUCACGGUCAUUGAGUUCUUCUCUGGCCUGCUGACAUCAGUAAUUCCCUUUUACUGGCUGUUGAAGUGUGCUUUCCUCAUCUGGUGCAUGCUGCCUACGGAGCAGAACGGUUCCACCAUCAUCUAUGCUAAACUGGUGCGACCCUAUUUCCUGAAACACCAUGAAUCUGUCGACAGGAUCAUCAACGAUGGCAUGAAUAAGGCCGCCGGCGUACUCAAGCGCGACUAGAAUCCUGUGGGUGCGCCAUCGCCGUCCCGCUGAUCGCUUCCCCAUGCAUUUGGAUUUGGACAAAGGCUUGAUCAUCUCCUCACCUUGUAUCGAUUACGUUUUAUAAAUUUUAACUAUGUCUUCAUCUUGUUGUUGAUAAAUGCACCACCAGUGGGAAUCAAGAA